GUAGCUAUAUUUUAGCACGUUUUGAUGUGGGAAACUUCAUCGGUAAGUCUUAUUUAGCUUAUGCAUGAUACCAAAUAUUUGUAAUAAUAAUUUAAAAAAAACAAUAAUGAUGAUGAUGAUAAUAUGUAUAUUUUAGCUCGUUCUGAUGUGGAAAGCUAUGUGAGUAAUUCUAUUCUUAUUACUCUAAACAUUGUAUUGUUGUUAACUCAGCUCGUGCUGUGUGGAAACAGUAUUUAUUAUUAUUAUUUUAACGCAGCGUAUCCAUGGCUCUUGUUGUCAUAUGUCCCUCGAUAUGCACGCUUUUAUGGAGGCGAGGAAUCCGCUGCUUUCACUCUGCGGGAGUUUCGGUCCAUGAAUGAUUAACUGCAUUCCUGAUCUGAACUUGACGCGCGUCAACCUACACCAGCUUCUGCGAGUCUCUCUCUGAGUCUCUCUCUCUCUCAUGCAGCAUCACUGGGGGCGGAUUCCGUUGUCACUGACAACCCGCCAGAAAUCAAAGCCUGAGGACCGGGAUUACAUCACAGGCUCGCGCUGGGCUGGGUCUGUCCACUGCGCCAGGUGUGAUCACAGGCUUUUCUCGUGGGAACUCCCUUCCAGAGGCUCUUCCCGCGGUGCGCCUCCACGCAUCCAUCGCCCCGGGAUAUAAUGGAGGAAUCCCACACAUGACACUCGCGUUUGGGACGGACUUCAUCUGCUUUGAGUCCCGGUGAUACUUGUCCAAGGAGCUACCACGCAGAGGGAGCAGAGCUCGUACAGAAAUGCCUGUGUUUUCUCCAGUUCUGACUCGUCGAGAGUUUCUUCUUCUUCUCCUCAUAUGUCUUGUUUUAUUGCCCCGUUUGCAGUGUGCUGGAUCGAGCAAGCAGCCACCUGGUAUUGAAAUAUUAGUUUCCGGACAGUCCAACACUGUAACCCAGAAAGUUCUCACAACAGAUGGCAAAGAGUGCAAGUUUCCUUUUCGCUUUGGCGGGGUGAUUUAUCACCAGUGUAUCUCUAUGAACUCUCACAAGGCCUGGUGCUCUCUCACACAUAACUUUGACCGCGACCAGAAGUGGGGAUUCUGCAGUUCACAAGGACGACUCUUUAAUGGGCUUCUUCCUCCGCGUCGCGGGCCGAGUCUCUGUCGGCAGAACCCGUGUUUGAACGGUGGCGUUUGUGCGACGGCCGCUUACCUGAACUCAUUUGAUUGUGUUUGUCCAGAUGGAUUCACUGGAGCUCUGUGUGAAAAGAAGAAGUGCUACGAGCCGCUGCAUCUGAAGUACUAUGACAUCGGAGACUCGUGGGGACGGAUCUACCUGCGCUCUGUAGAGCUGUGCACGUGCCACAGCGGAGCAGUGAGCUGCGAGCGUGCACGUUACACAACGUGUUUGAGGAAUCGCUGUGAAAAUGACGGAGUCUGUAGGAUGAUUGAAGCCACUGGUGAAGAGGUGUGUGGAUGUAUAUCUGGAUAUACUGGACAAUACUGUGACAUCAAGCCAGGAGAGCAGUGCUUCGGUGACUCAGGCGCUCAGUACCGCGGUGUGGUGAAUGUCACGGUCUCGGGCUCGACCUGUCUGCCGUGGAACUCAGAUCUGCUCUUCACUGAGCUGACGGUGGAGACGGUGGACAGCGCCGCCCGCAGGGGCCUCGGGGAACACGCCUUCUGCAGGAAUCCUGAUCAAGAUAAGCUGCCGUGGUGUUACACGAUGACGGAGCGGGCCGUUUCGUGGGAGUACUGCAACAUCAAGCCCUGCUCCAAACCAGCACGCCGCAGAGGUCCUGGUGUCGCCGUGGCCCUGCGGCCGUCCCGCAGUCCUGCCAAGACCCCGGCGUGCGGGAAGAGGCACGAGAAGCGUAUCAGUCGAGGUAGAAUCCUGGGCGGGACGUCUGCAUUGCCCGGCGCUCACCCCUGGAUGGCAGCGCUGUACAUCGCAGAUGAGUUUUGUGCAGGAACACUAGUCUCCUCCUGCUGGAUCGUGUCGGCCGCUCACUGCUUCCUGCGCAAUCCAUUAAAGUCACAGAUUCGGGUCGUUCUCGGCCAGCACUCCUUUAACGACACCGGUCCCAACACCAGGACCUUUGCUGUUCAGGAUUAUAUUUCAUACCCGAGUUACACACAAUUUGAGCCGACCUUAAACGAUAUCGUUUUAGUGAAGCUGAAGAAGGUGGACGGACGCUGUGCUCUGAAAACACCUUUCAUCAGGCCCAUCUGUCUGCCGGGGAAACACAUGACGUUUCCCGAUCACUCCUGCUGUAAGAUCUCAGGCUGGGGUCACAUGCACGAGAAGGCAAACUCGUACUCUCACCUCAUGGAGGGAGUGGUGAAGAUCAUCCCGUUCGAUCAGUGCUCGUCUCCAGACGUCUACGGGUCAGAGGUCAGGUCAGGAAUGCUGUGUGCGGGAAGUGAGUCCUGUGUGGACGCCUGUCAGGGCGACUCGGGCGGUCCGUUAGCAUGCGAGUGUGACGGCGUGAGUUUCCUGUAUGGGAUAAUCAGCUGGGGAGACGGAUGCGGACGCUCAGGAAAACCGGGUGUUUACACCCUCGUGCCCAAAUAUUCCGACUGGAUCAACAGCGUCAUCAAAAAAUCCAGAAAAACAUCCCAAAAAACAUCAGUGAAUAGAACAACAAUAAACAUUUGUAUCGGGAGUCAAUGCCAAAGAUAAAACAACUGUGACUUUACUAUUAAUGUAUUCAUGAAGGCUUUCCAUUCCAGUGUUACUGUGUCAUACUGAUGGACAUGUGUUUUACUGUUAUUGUAUUUAUAUUAACAAGCAAUAUGGUGACAUGUACACUGGAAUGGAAAGUGUUAUGUAAAAUUAUUAUUAUUAUUAUUAUUAUUAUGUUUUUUGCAUAUCGAUACAUUGUGAUUGCUGUGAAAUAAAUGUCUUUAAUCUGCAUUAAAAAAUGUAAAAGAGAGUUUUUUACAGUGUUUGAGUGAAUAUAGUAUUGGAAAGGUCAUGAUUUACGCAUAAACCCUUGGAAGUGAAUAGACAGAUGCAGUUUCAAUGCAACAGUUUGCUGUUAGCUCAUAGUUUAGCAGCAUCAUUUGAACAGUAAAUUAUUCCACUAUAUAUUACAACCAUUAAAUAAGUGCAUUCCUUUGACUUUCAUUCAAACUGGUCUCUGUGUUGAAUUUAUUUUAUUCUGACAUUGGAAUGGCCAAGUAAUGCAUAAUGUAUAUGUAUUAAUAUCCUAUAUGAACACAAAAUUAAAAUAUA